UCUUUUUUUUUCCCUCUCUCUCUCUGUUGUCGUUUUUUUUUUUGUUCCUUUUCUCCUCCCCGUGUUUUACACACACAGCUGAGAGAAAAAGGAGCCAGUCAGGAAAAAAAAGAGACGGUCUGAACUCUGUCCUACAAGAGGCAGAAGCUGUGGCGGAACGCCGUUUAUUUCUUUGUUCUAACACUGGCUUUGACAACAAAAAACUGACUUUUAUAUUUUGUCAUCUUCCUCGCGAAUGGUAAAUGAAAUGGACAUGUACCAGACCGAACACAUGGAAAAGUAUGGGUCUUGUGUGAAGAGGAGGAGACAUGACAGCGAGCGUUCCGUCUCCAGUGGAACCAGCAGCUGCUCGGCGGAGUACACGGACCUGGAGGCGGCCGAAGCCCUGGUGUGCAUGAGCUCCUGGGGACAGACUUUCUUCCUCGGCGGCAACAAGGCCAACGGCUGCAAGCCCAGGCCCCUCACCCCGGCUUCUGACUCCUGCGACUCCCUCCUCCCGCUGGAGCUCCCAGAGCCUCCAAAGGACUUUGUGUCCUUUUCCUCUCUGUGCAUGACGCCCCCACACAGCCCCAGCUUCGUGGAGACCUCGCCAGGCAGCGGGGUCCAGUCGUGCCCCGGCUCGGCCGUGCCCACGCAGCACCCUGCCUCCAGGUUCCACCAACAGAACCCGGCACCCUCUGCCGACAAAUCCCCCUCCCUUCCCGCUCCGCCUCAGCCCUGCAGAGCCAUGGCGACCAGCGUCAUCCGCCACACGGCAGACCGGAACGUCUGCCAGCGCCACAUUCCGGCGACCUCCGGUUCGGGGAGAACCGCAGACACUGAGACGUUUAUCUGCAAACAGCGGCAGCAGGGGCACAUCACGAACGCCGCGCCGAUGACCACGCCUCCAUCGCUUCCCGAUGGCCUCGUGCCGUCAGAGCCAGAACCCGCUCGCGGUCCCUCGAAACCCUGUUCGGACAGAGCCUCCCCCACCUGCGCUUUUGUCAACACAGAGCCACAAAGCGGCCCGUCGUCCCCCGGCGUUCCCACGACCCUGUCCCCUCCUCAAGUGACCAGUCCUCAGAUCAUCUGCCAGAUGUUCCCCGUCUGCAGCCAAUCUGGUAUAAUCUCAGCGUUCAUCCCCAGUCCGGUUCAGACCUCCAGCACUGGGAUCCGGACUGCCACGUCUCCCAUUCUCCCGCAGCCUGCCGCAGCGAGCCCGGUCCAGCAGUCCCUGAUCGUGGGCUCGGCGGUGCCCCAGGGGACGGUGAUGCUGGUCCUCCCUCAGUCCUCCGUGUCUCAGGCGCCUCACUGCCCGCAGACCGUCAUGACUCUGGGCAACACCAAGCUGCUGCCUCUGGCCCCGGCUCCCGUGUAUUUGCCGGCGGGGCCCGCCGGCGGCGCGGCGGCGGUAACGAAAAUGGACUUUUCCCGCAGGAGGAACUACGUCUGCAGCUUUCCAGGCUGCAGGAAGACGUACUUCAAGAGCUCGCACCUUAAGGCUCACCUGCGAACGCACACAGGCGAGAAGCCCUUCAGUUGCAGCUGGGAAGGCUGCGACAAGAGGUUCGCCCGCUCCGACGAGCUGUCCCGGCACCGCCGGACGCACACCGGGGAGAAGAAGUUCGUCUGUCCCGUGUGCGACCGGCGAUUCAUGCGCAGCGACCACCUCACCAAACACGCCCGCCGUCACAUGACGACAAAAAAGAUUCCCAGCUGGCAGGCGGACGUUCGCAGCCUGAGCAAAAUGGCCGCGGGCAAGACUCCUCCCUCGAAGCCCGCCAUUGCCACCCUGAGCAUGUUGGUACCUGCUGGCUCCAAGUAAACAAUGAACAAAUGCCAUCUUACUCACUCCCGAGAUACCAGAGGGACGAAGGGAGCAGCCAAAGCACACACAGCUGCUCCUCUUUACUCAUUGGAAAACAGACAAACGAAAAGCACUGGACUCUUCCUGCGCUACUGCUCAUUUGUACAUGUAAUUUUCUCGAAAAGAUGUUUAGUUUCCUCUUUUGGUUCUUAUUGAUAAUUUGUACGCAGUCUUGCCAAAGCUUUUGUAUGAAGUUGGUCUUUGACAUUUCACUCUCUGCCUCUCAUACGAGACAUUUUCCUUGGUAUAAUUCAUGAAUGUAUUUGUUUUAGUAUGAAAAGACAUCUACUUGUCUUGUUUUGGAGGGGGCGGGUAAAGUUGACACAUUGUAAAUAUGAAUACUAAUCAUCAGUACUAUGAUUAUGUCUUGAUUGUAUCUCCUGGCAUAACUUUUCUUAUUAUUUAAUAUGUUUGUAAUAAAAAAAAACGAUGUUUAAAUGA